AGUGGAUGGCGCCAUCCUCACAACGUGCGCGCAGUGUUUAGGUCCUACAGCCGACUGUUUUGAUCUCACCCGGCGUUGACAGUUUUGCGGAAGCUUUACCUGAUGGACAUCCAGAGCGCCAGUUCAGUGGUGCUGCAGGCUUUGACCCAGGCCACCAGUCAGGACACAGCUGUGCUGAAGCCUGCAGAGGACCAGCUCCGCCAAUGGGAGACACAGCCCGGAUUCUACUCAGUGCUGCUGAGCAUUUUCAAUAAUCACUUGCUGGAUGUCAACGUGAGAUGGUUGGCUGUCCUGUAUUUCAAGAAUGGUAUUGAUCGCUACUGGAGAAGAGUCGCACCCCACGCUCUCUCAGAAGAAGAGAAGUCAUCCCUCCGCGCAGGCCUCAUCACUAAUUUUAAUGAGCCGGUCAACCAGAUCGCCACACAGAUAGCUGUGCUGAUCGCUAAAGUGGCACGUCUGGACUGUCCUCGGCAGUGGCCCGAGCUGAUCCCUAUUCUACUGGAGUCUGUGAAGGUUCAGGACAGUCUGCAGCAGCACCGAGCCCUGCUCACCUUUUAUCACGUCACCAAAACCCUGGCGUCCAAACGCCUCGCCACUGACAGGAGACUCUUUCAGGACUUGGCUUCAAGCAUCUACAGCUUUGCCUGCUCUCUGUGGAAUCAUCACACAGACUCAUUUCUACAGCAGAUCUACACUGGAGACCAACAGACUGCUCUCAGCUCUCUAGAGCGAACACUGCUCUCUCUGAAAGUUCUUCGAAAGCUUACUGUCCAUGGGUUCAUUGAUCCACAAAACAACAUGGAAGUCAUGGGCUUCCUCAAUGCUGUGUUCGAGAGGCUGAAGCAAUUUCUAGAAUGCUGCCCCAGUAAUGUGGAAGACCCAGUGCAGAUGCUCAUGAAGGAUGCAGUGUACAAUGCCGUGGGGUUAGCCGCUUAUGAAUUGUUUGACAAUGUGGACUUUGAUCAGUGGUUCAAGAACCAACUCCUAGGAGAGCUGCAAGUCAGCCAUAACAGGUACAAGUUGAUCAGACGGCGGGUGAUCUGGCUGAUUGGACAGUGGAUCUCGGUGAAGUUCAAGCCGGAGCUGCGGCCCCUGCUCUACGAAGUCAUUCUCAGUCUCAUGCAAGACCCUGACCUGGUGGUUCGCAUCGAAACGGCAACAACCCUAAAGCUGGCCGUUGAUGACUUUGAGUUCAGAACUGAGCAGUUCUUACCGUACUUAGAGUCUAUAUUCAGCCUGCUGUUCCAGCUGUUGCAGCAGGUGAAUGAAUGCGACACCAAAAUGCAAGUUCUCCAUGUUAUUUCCUGCGUCAUCGAGAGAGUCAGCGUUCAGAUUCGACCGUACGUGGGCUGCUUGGUUCAGUACCUUCCUCUUCUUUGGAAGCAGUCAGAAGAACACAACAUGCUCCGCUGUGCCAUUCUCACUACCCUCAUCCAUCUCGUACAGGUAUGGCAUACCCACGGGGCCAAGAAUGAAACCGAUAACGAGCCUUUGAAAUGCUCAAGUCGGGUGUUUAGCAUUCUGUCUGUGUUUUGGAGUGCUCACUUGAACGUGAUGUGUUGCACCGUCUCCAACCGGGGACUGAUUUUUACCAUCGUCAUCCACGGUUAUGAACAAAUGCCCUCUAGCCCUGCUGAGCACAUCUCUGCUUCUCUUAUACUUGCACAAGACCUUUAUUUUAGCAUGAUACACUUUAUCCUUUUCCUGCUGUUGGUGACUUUAGAGAACAGCCCUGCUAUCACUCCUGAACUUCUGAGGAUCUUCCAGAAUAUGUCUCCUCUACUUGAACUGAGCUCGGAGAACGUGCGCACAUGCUUUCAGAUCAUCAAUGCCUACAUUUAUCUCUCAGCUACAGAUUUCUUACAGAACUAUGCUGAAGCCCUCUGCAGAUCUUUCUGUGAACUCUUGAGCGACAUCACCAAUGAAGGCCAGGUCCAGGUUUUAAAGGUUGUUGAAAUUGCCAUAAAAGUAAGCCCUAUACUGGGCUCCCAUAUGUUUCAGCCUCUCCUGCCAUCUGUGUUACGGGGGAUUGUCGAAGGAGAAAGGUAUCCUGUGGUGAUGUCUACAUACCUCGGGGUGACAGGACGUAUUCUUCUGCAGAAUUCAGGCUUUUUCACAUCACUUCUCACUCAAAUGGCUGUGGAGUUCAACCAGGAGGCGGACCAGCUCUUGGGAAGUAUGAUUGAGAUGUGGGUGGAUCGAAUGGACAACAUCACCCAGCCUGAGAGGAGAAAACUUUCCGCCUUGGCGCUGCUGUCGCUUUUACCGUCUGACAACAGCGUGAUCCAGGACAAGUUCUGCGGGAUCAUUAACAUCAGCGUGGAGGCACUGCACGAUGUUAUGACGGAAGACCCUGAGACAGCCACCUUCAAAGACUGCAUGCUGAUGAGCCACUUUGAAGAGCCUAAGCUGACAGAUGACGAGGAACCCCCAACAGAACAGGACAAGAGGAGGAAGCUGCUGGCUCUUGAGGACCCAGUGCACAGUGUCUCUCUCCAGCAGUUUGUCUAUGAGAAGCUGAAGGCUCAGCAGAUGCUGAUGGGAGAUCAGGGCUUCCAGGCUCUGAUGGAGACGGUGGACACAGAGAUCGUGAGACAGCUGCAAGAGUUCAUCCAGGGCAUGUAAAGAAGAGGAUGAGACCACAGCGCAGAUGCCAAACUUUUUAAACAAAGAGCUUCCAUAUUUUUAAAAACACACUUUCUUUUGCUUUCUCAAACACAGCGUUAACGUUUAAGAGAGGAAAUGUAGAGCGAUAAGAAGGAAUGGCAGAUCAUAAUGCCUUGUUUUUGUGAUGGGAAAUUAGUUUUGAAAGGGCCCAAGCAGUGUUUACAAUGAUUUCAGUUUAUGUAAUAAUAAUAAUAAUAAAACAAUUGUAAUUUUUGUAUGUAUGUACAAUACACUGCAUGACAACAUUACUUUGUUUGUUUAUUUGCUUUUUUUCCCAAUCAUGCUUCUAGUAUAUCAGGAACUACUGAAAAGUGAGUAACAGAUUUGAUUGAUUGAAAGUAUUUUCAUAUCAGAAACACAUACUGUACAUGAACAAAAAAAAAAUUAAUGGAUGUAAAUGUUUACCUUUACACAAAGUAUUGCUGCUAAUGCUCCAACUCUUACCGGAGAUCAGAAGAACCAAAUGCACAUCAGUUUAAUCCAACAAGAGUCUAUUUUAACCAUAAAUACACUGCAAAUGUUUGAGUGAAUAUUUAGUGACGCUUUACUUGGAGGGGGUGUAUAGGGGGAUCAAAAGACCUUCAUGAAAUCUUUAGAAUCAUUAAGUGUCAUUGAUUCAGUUGUGUCAUUUUAAAUGCAAAAAUGACAUUGUUUGAGAUGACUUUAUAACAACUUGACUUUAAACAUAUGCAUCAUAACCUGUCUGUUUUGACUUAACAACUUGUCGAUCACCAAGACAGCAUAACUUGUCAUAAAUCUGUCAUAAACAUGAUCAUCAUGAGGCCAUUAUAAUCGACAUGAAUUGCAUGAACCACAUCAUUAAACUUUUUCUUGACCUCAACUACAGAGGUAAAAAUUGUAUUUGUUAUUUAUUGUUAUUUAAUGUUUAUGACGGUGUUAUAAAAUAAUUUGACAGAGUAAUGACACUUUUACUAACAAAUAUUAAUGACAAAAUUAAUUCCACUGAAAAAAGUUAUCAGAAAAACAUUUAUAACACAAUUAUAAUGGCCUUAUUGCAGUCAUGUUUAUGACAGAGUUAUGACAAGUAUGUUGUCUUGCUAAUGUCAAGAUCAUGAUAAAACAAAUACAGGUUGUGAUGAUUUUGUUAAUGUCAAGUUGUCGUGACAAAAACAAAGAGGUUGUGAUUUGUUUGUUUGUCAAGUUGUCGUGACAAAAACAAAGAAGUUGUGAUAACACUUUAUAAUACCUAUACACUAUGAACCAUUUAUUAAGCAUUAGCAGGUAGUUAAUUGAUUAUCUGAUAGCAUUAACUCUACAUUAAUAAACGUUGGUAAGCAGUUUAUAACUACAGCUACAAAUGCUCUUGACUUAAUAGCAUGUUUAUAAUGUGCUUAAUAAUUAUGUUUUCAUACUUUAAUGAUUUAUUUUUCAUUACUAAAUUAAAUAUUGCAUUAUUUACAAACCAGUUAUUUUAGAGAAGUUACGUUUUUUUAAAGAUUAUUCAGAAUGCGUAAGUAAAUGAUUAAUAAACUAUUCAAAUCAACAUUCAUACAUCUUAUUAUUCAGGCAUAUAUUGAAAGUUAAUUUGUGUGUAAAUAAAUGCUUUAUUAACUCACCAUCAUCCAGUUUUGUGACUUAAUUUAAAGUGAUGUCUAUUUAUGCUUUAUAAAUCUAAAUGACUAAGAAAGAAACUAAAUGACUUUAUUUAUUCAUUUGAACAUACACAAAUGAAGCUGUAUCAAUUAAAAAAUAAAUCUUUGCAACCUUAUCUAAAAUAAAAUUACUGUGCAGUUUAAACACCGCUAAAUAACAUUGAAAUGUUGCAUCAUAUGAUAUUGUUAAACUAUUAUAUUGUUGUUGUUUUUUCCAGUUUCAUGUUGUAUUUUGACACUCCAGUUAUUUAGCAAUGCUAAUUUCUUAGAUAGGAUUGCAAAGAUUAUUGUUCAUUUGAUCCUGAGCCUUUAAUAGUCGUUUAUAAGGGAUUUAUAAAGCAUAAAUAGUCCUCACUUUAGAUUAGGUCACCAAACAGGAUGAAGUUGAGUUAAUAAUGCAUUUAUUAACAUACAUAGUAACCAUUACUAAAUGCCUGAAAAAUUAGAUGUAUAGAUGUUGAUUUGAAUAGUUUAUUAAUCAUUUACUAACUAAUUCUGAAUGAUCUUAAAAACCACCAACUACUCUUAUAUACUAAUGGUUUGCAAAUAAUGCGAUACUUAAUUUAGUAAUGAAAAAUCAAUCAGUCAAAUUAUGAAAGUACAAUUAUUAAGCACAUUAUAAACCUGCUUUUAAGCCUAGAAUAGAGCUUUUGUAGCUGCAGUUAUAAACUGCUUACUAACGUUCAUUAAUGUAGAGUUGAUGCUUAACAGAUAAUGAAUUCACUAAAUGCUCAUGCUUAACAAAUGAUUUAUAGGGUGUAGUUAUUAUAAAGUGUUACCGAGGUGGUGAUUAAUUCGUUUAUGUUUUGUCAAGUUGUCAUGAUAUAAACAAAGACAGGUUGUGAUGAAUUUGUUUGUCAAGUUGUCGUAACAGAAACAAAGAGGUUGUGAUUAAUUUGUUUAUGUUUAUGUCAAGUUGUCAUGACAAAAACAAAGACAGGUUGUGAUGAAUUUAUUUAUGUCAAGUUGUCAUGACAAAAGCAAAGACUGGUUGUGAUUAAUUUGUCAAGUUGUCAUGAUAAACGAAGACAGGUUGUGAUUAAUUUGUUUAUGUUUUGUCAAGUUGUCAUGACGAACAAAGACAGGUUGUGAUUCAUUUGUUUGUUUGUCAAGUUGUGAAAAAAAAGGUUGUAAUUAAUUUGUUUGUCUAGUUGUCAUAACAAAAACAAAGAGGUUGUGAUUGAUUUGUUUAUGUCAAGUUGUCAUAACAAAAACAGGUUGUAAUUUGUUUAUGUUAAGUUGUCAUGACAAAAACAAAGACAGGUUGUAAUGAAUUUGUUUGUUUAUGUUUAUGUUAAGUUGUCAUGACAAAAACAAAGUCUGGUUGUGAUUAAUUUAUGUCAAGUUGUCAUGACAAAAACAAAGACUUUGUGAUGUAUUUGUUAAGUUGUCAUGACAAAGACAUGUUAAACAUGAUCAUCUUCGCAUUUAAAUUAACAUACAGUAACUUGCCAAAUGACACUUAAUGACAGUUGUCAUAAGCAUGUAUGUGAUGAUGUCAUGAUUAUAAAGGUUUCAUGACAGUCUUAUGAUAACCAACAUCAAGUAAAGUGUUACAGAAUAUACUCAUUGCUGUAGCAAGCUGUCUUUACUUUUUUUUUGUAAGGACACAUAACAAGUGCGUAUACAUUUCUAGAGAUGUUCCCGGUUGUUAUGGGAUGUAAAAGAGUGUAAAAAAAGAAUGCUAAAGACUUACAGUACAAUAGGACGACUGUCACUGUGAAACGCAUUUGGAGUCUGAAUAAAAAAGCCUUACGCUUUAAGCCUUAUUUAUCCACCACUAACACAGCAGACAUUAUAUCUCGCGCCUGUGUUACCUGCAUUACACCAUAUUUCACUCUAGUUUUAUUUUCAAGUAUAUAAACCUUAUUUUUUCAUGGAUGCAGCUUCAAUAAAGUUCAGUAGAGAUUGAAAA